GAGCAUGAUGUACUUGGUUGACGUUUGGCUCCUCUGCUGUUUGUUUUCAGCCGCAGCAGACUUCAGUGGGAUUUCACAGCCUGUGUCUGUCCGAUCUGUGGGGCUCGGAGACUCUGUCACCAUCCAGUGUUACGUUGAGGGAAACCUGGACAGAGUGUGGUACAGACUGACAUCAGCCCAGGCGCUGCAGUUCGUGGCCUCUUUCACUUCCAGAUUUUCUCACGUGGAAAUGUCUGACGACAUCAAGGGUCGAUAUUCAGUUGAAGCUGUUGGGACCAAGCAUCAGCUGAAGAUAUCACCAACCACCUGGACAGAUGUGGGAACUUACUACUGUGGCGUGAUACAGUUAGAUCGUGUCCAUUUCGGAGGAGGAACAUCUCUGAUGCUGAAAGGUGCAAACAUGUCCAGUCACUCUGUGGUGCAGCGUCCUCCGUCUCAGUCGCUGCAGCCGGGAGACUCUGUGACUCUUGAGUGUUCAGUUCUUCACAUGGACCUCUGUUCACCAGAACACACCAGCGUCAUGUGGCUGAAAACUCCAAAGAAACCUCCUGCAGAGGUUGUUCACAGGUCUGGGAGAGAUGAGAGUCACUGCACAGGUGACGCAUGUGUGUACGAGUUCCUCCUGAAGAACCUGAGCUCUGAAGAUGCUGGAACCUUCUACUGUGUAGCUGCUGCUUGUGGACAAGUUCUGCUGGGCGGCGGGACUGAGCUGAACGUCACCAGAGCUGCUCCUGACGUUACCGAGGAAAAACUGAGUCCACUCCUCCUGGCACUGAUCGUCUACAACGUGAUCUGUGGGCUCCUCACACUGGGUUUUAUUUGGAGAUUAGGCAGAGGAAACUGGUAUCAACAAUAGUAUUAUGAGGCAUGUUACUGAAUGCCAAGAUGAGACAUGACUUUCUAACAUUUCGAUGUGGAUGCAUCAUCAUCAUUUUAUUCAUUCUUAUCAUAAAUUAUUUUCAUAGCUGCGUCCUCGGGCUGUCACAUUUAAAGGUAAAUCAUUGAACAAACUGGAAUUUUUAUAUUUCAUAUGUCGAGUAUAUACACAGUUUUUCACAACAAUUCAG